UUCAUUACAGAGGCAAGAAAAAUAAAAAAGCAUGAGAAGGGCAUACGAUGUUUCUAGUUUUUACAGCCUCAUAAUUAAUCAAUGUCAGGAUAAGCAGAACAGAGACUGAACACAUAUAUAUAUCAGCCCAAGGAAUUCCAAAUGCAACAGCCCAGUUUUUUCAGUUGCAAAUACAUUUUCCUUUACAUCAAUAGCAUGGAAAGAGCAAUAGCGAUGAAGACGGGGAGAGAUAGAGAUGCAUCUUUCUCAUCCUAUCUCAGACCCGAUGACAAGGUAACAAUCACUGGUGAAGACUCCACCACUGAGCUUAGCAUAUUCGAUGCUCACAAAUACUUCAAUGAUGACAACAACAACAACGUGCAAAAAGUUAGCAUCAGCAGAGUCUCUCCCAUGGAAAGAAUUCCAGAGAGGGGUGACGUCAUCAUGACAGAAGCCACCAGAUACUCCUCUGCUUCAUCCUCAGUGGAUGGCUUCGCCCACAUCAGAAACUACAGAGCGCGUUCGUUCCAUGCAGCAACUCCAACGGCUUCCUCAGAAGCCAGCUGGAACAGCCAAACAGGGUUGCUAUCUCACCCUCCAGGAGCAAUCCCUGUCUCAAUCAGAAACCCUCAAAACCCUAAAAACCCUAAACUCUCCAAUCCGAAACCGAUUUGGAGGAGAAAAUGUCCAUGCACGGGGAGAAAAUCAGUUCAAGUCAAAGAAUCAACGCAAGGAUCCAAAUCCAACACACCACCGCUAGAUCACGAACAUGUAAACGUUCGUAAUCACAUCACACCGAAUAACUGGAUUGUGAAUCAAACACCAGCUCCGGCGACAGCAACAGCAACAAUUGUCGCUGCGAAAUCGCAACGAUUUCACAACGCUAACACUCACAGAGUCGUGAGCUCCGGGAGAGCGCCGUUCACCGACGGAUUCACUUUCCCCGUGCUAAACCCUAACAAUCCAAUCACGAAACCGAAUCUCGCAAACGGCGUCGUCGAGGAAGAUCCGCCGCGCGACUCGCUGGAGGUCUUCCGGCCGCCGGACGAGUCGUCGCCGAAUCCGUCUCCGAAGCCGCCGCCGCUGAACUUCCCGUUCCCGGCGAAGCCGCGCGGCCCCGCGAGCGACGCGAGCUCCGAUCUCUUCGAGAUCGAGAGCUUCUCGACGGCGACGCAGUCGACGUACCCGGCGGCGUGCCGGCGCAACAGCAGGGACUCGUUCGACGAGGCCUCGGCGUCGACCUCGACCGCGACGACCACGACGGGAUUCUUCUUCGGUCGGAGAAGCAUGGACGAGGGCUCGACGACGGCGACGAUAACGGAGUGCUACGAGCCGAGCGAGGCGAGCAUCGAGUGGAGCGUGACGACGGCGGAGGGGCACGAGGAGGGCGUCUCGGCCGCGGAGGAGAAGUGGAAGCGCAAAGGCGGGAACGGUUUGUUGGUGAGCUGUCGGUGCGAGAAAGCGGUUAGCGUGGGGCCGCAGCCGGUGAAAUGUGGAUCAGAGGGACAGCGGAGUGCCACGUCAGCAUCCGCAUCAGCGCACGUGAAUGUAACUUCCCUUAGUGGGGUUCACAGUAGGAUUGGGAGCAUUAAUAAGCCACCACUUGCGAGGGCUCACCGCAACGCACCUCGCGUGUCCCUUGCUUUCGCCACAUAGCCCCAUGCAUCAUGCAUCAUGCAUCAUGCAUCAUGCAUCAUGCAUCAUGCAUCAUGCAUCAUGCAUCAUGCAUGCACCUUCUCUCCCGCGCUUUUCCCCUUUUCCGUUUUCUUUGUUUCUUUCGCUUCCGUUAUUUUUCUGUCCCCUUUGUUUUCCUGUUCCGUAUAUAAUAUAUAUAUAUCCGUUUGGGUCACUUCCAUAGUCCUUGUUGUAACAUCUCUUAUGUUUUUAUGUUGCAUAUCAUAUCCUUCUUCUU